UAAAUAAGACACUAACUUUGUUUUCUUCUUCAAUAAAUUUACUUCCUUUCUAUUACGUUAUCGUUUCCCUUUUCGCAAUUAUGUCAUUCUUUUCAAAAUUCAGCUCUUGUUGGCGGUCAGCGGCGGUGGCGCCGCGUGUCUACCUGGGCGACGCCGUGUCGGAGGAGGUGAAAGCGGAGCAGAGCGUCGUGAGACCGAGGAGUUCGAAGUCGGAUUCAGCAGCGCAUUGGCAGCCGGCGUUGGAUGCCAUUGUGGAGGAUGGUAAGGGAGCUCAGUCGCGGUGGAAGAAAUCCAGGGAAAAGAAGCCGGAGAAGAAGACGUCCGGGCGGCAGGGCAGGUUUAUGACUAAGUCGUAUGGUUAUUACGAUGGGAGAGAUGAUUACUGGAGAAACUCAAUGGCUAUGGCUAUGCCGGCGUUUUCACCGGUACCAUCCAUGUUUUGAAGGUAAAUUUUGAUGAUUCGAAUAUAUAUAACACAGUUGGGCGUCCGAGGAAAACUCAAAUGUGAUCGAAGUCAUCGCUAUGUUUCUCUUUCUCCCACCAUCGUACGACGUUUUAGAUUAUGCUAAAAGUUGGCUCGUGUCUUAGUAACAUAUUGUUAAUAUGAAUAUCAAUCUUAUGUGCUAAAGAAAACCAAUUACACAUAUAUGCAGAUAGGCCCAUCUCUCCACCUUGUGAAUGUGCAAAUGAAUUUUCUAAUUAUAUGUAUAUUAAAUGGUUUUUUUCUUUCUCUAAAUAUAUAUGAUGAGUUUUCUCUUAUGAA